AUGGCCAGUCCCAGGAGCAUAGGUGGCAUCCACCUUUCCUUGAACCUCGGCUAUUGUCUGAUGCUCAUGGGCAUAAUCUAUGUGUCACCACUGAGAUGUGAAAAACAGAUGAAUCUGCUGGAAAUGAACCAAGUGGAUCCUCAGUGCUGGGAAUCUUCUUCAGCGCUGCUCCUGGAAAUGCGGAAGCCUCGGGUUUCUGGCACGGUCUCGGGCUUCUGGGAACUAAUGAUCUACCUCAAGUCCUCAAAAAAUGUGCAGCAUGGGGUCCUCUUUUGGAAUCUAGCCCAGCUCUUUUGGGACAUUUACAUAGAUUGUGUCCUCUCUAGGAACCAUGGCCUGGGAAGGAGGCAACUGGCUGGAGAAGGGAAGAAGUCCCCAACUAUGCCUUCCCCGUACACUGGGAGAAAACGAGCACAGUGGUUUACCCAAUACUUAAUUAUUGAAUUUCAGGCCUACACCAUUUCUAAUCAGUGUCACCUUCCCUCUAUUGAGGUCCCCCAUUUCCCUCCCAGCCUGCAGCCUCCAACAGACCAAGUUUGGUUUCAAGCUUGUGGGUCUCAGGGUGUCAGGUCUGUUGAUCCUGCAGCUCAGAGACGUAGACAUACCACAGCUUGGCACAACCAGUAUUUCCAGGACUCUCCCCACCCCUCUUACCUCUCACCUGCCUCUUCUCACUUCACAAAUUUCAAACAAGCACUUAAGUUCCUUGAAGGUGCAUUUUUACAGCAGCUAAGAUCGCCUUUCUUAAAGAAAAAAGUAUUGACAGAAGAUUUGAAAAACUUGACUGUGCACAAGAGUGGGUGUCUAAGUUCAUUGUAA